CCAGAAUCCAACACUUUUUCUUUUUACGGAAUCAAUCUAUGUCCUUUCUCGCCUUCUGCCUUCUUCUCCGAUGCGAUUCAAUGAAUUCAAUGGAUUCUGCUUUGAAUCGGCUUUGAAUCGAUGUCUUCUCUUUCUCUCCCUCUAAUCUUUCUGCGAUUCCGGUCGAUGUUCAUCACAAUCUCUCCGAUAAACAAUAUGAGAAGCAGAAAAAUGUUGUGCUUGAAGGGAACGAUGCCGUCAAGUGGAAAGGUCCGCUAACGAGUUCGGUGAAGGCACGCUUCACAUCAAGGUUAACUUCUUGCAAGCACUUGCGGUUUGCCUCUCGCUCUGUCCUCAAACAAAACUUGUUGAUGAGUCUGUCAACUCUCCAUUGCGAGAGAACUAUGGCGAUAAGAUGUUGAGGAUGCAGAGGACCAUAUUGUUAACAUACAAGCACAAGACUCACUCAGUUGACUCUGAUGGGAGGAUCGUCUCCAAUGCAGACAUUAAUUUCUACAUCAACAAUGUCGUGGAUCUCUCUGUUUCGUCGUGGGAAGACGAUAAGAGGACCACGCGGUUCUCAUCGCCACGAACAGCGGCUAGAAUUCGUGGCCGGGUUCGGGACAGCGAGCUGAACGAAUCCGUGAAUCGUUGGUCGCGGAUUGUGGACAACCAUUCCUUGGAUACACAUUGGAACCUCUUGAGAGAUUUAGCCGGCAAUCUCGUGAGGGAUAUGAUGUGUUAA